AUGUAUCGUCAACGUGAUUUCGAUACCGAGAACGAUAUCGAGCUUUUAACGACCACGCUGUUUAUAUCGUUUUACCGUGUUGCAUUCGGUAAGGAGCGGGCCCGUUCCGGUUACUCGUGUGGCGAGGUUGCCGCGGCCACUGGCUUUAGAGGGCGUAAAAAACCAGUUGCGCGAUUACAGACGACGGAGGCGAGAAAGUAUCCGUUUUCCAAUCUCCUCCCGCAGAGUCGCUCGACUUCUAUAAUUUCAACUGGUAAACGCAGAAACGAAUGA